GUUUACGGAGAAAGCAAAUUAAAAAUAAGUUCUUACAGAGUAAUGUAAACUGUUUUAUAUUUGACAAAUCAUAUUUGAGCAUAAAACGCUAAGAGGAAGCCUGAGAUUCAAGACUGGAGUUUACAAUGAGAAACAUUUCCUUAAGUCUGUAUAUCAGAAAAUGCCACAUCAAUGAUGCAUCCACCUCGCCCUGUUUUCUUAAACAAGCAUUUUCUGACGAAGACACUGUCAGCCAAUUGUAGUAGUCGGAAGGCGGGAGUUUCUUUGCAGAGCAAGUUGGGUUGAAGUGUGCAUGGUAGUAUGAGCUCAAUGUUCUAAAGGGAGUGCAGAGCUGAGAUUGUAUGUUGAGUAACUGUAGUAGCAAUCGGUGAAGUGAAUACAAGCGAUCUUCUGGAAGUGAAUUACUGUCAUAGUGAGUGCUGUCUUUUGGUGUAUUACUGUGGUGCAGUGGUGGCCAGAGGACGGGGAGAGGCCCGAGCUCCUUGAUAGCAGCAGCUCCUGGGGAGCCUCCCGUGCAGUGUUUUGAGUCCCUUACUGCAACCUGAAUGGAUGGGCAUGGGGAGAUCAGCGUUUUACUUCCUCUGGGCUGAGCGCCGCUUUUCUUUUCCUUUACCAGUCACUUUUGUGAUUUUCUGCCUUUGGCUGACUGCAGGUAAUUGCCAGCAGCAGGCGCAGUGCCGAAUUCAGAAGUGUACCACGGAUUUUGUUUCCUUGACAUUUCAUCUAAAUUCGGCCAGUGAUGGAUUUGACUGGGAGUUCUGCAAGGCACUGCGGGCUUACUCUGCUUGUACCCAGCGCACUGCUAAAGCCUGUCGUGGAAACCUAGUCUUUCAUUCUGCAGUGCUAGGUAUCAAUGACCUUAUGGUCCAGAGAAACUGUUCCAAAGAUGGGCCAACUUCUUCAACGAACCCGGAGAUUGUGUAUGACCCCUGUAAUUACCACAACCGAGGAGGGGGAAGGGACCACAGAUUGGGUGAUCAAAUCCAGUCCACAUAUCUCUUUUGUGGCUUGUUUGGGGACCCCCACCUAAGAACUUUUAAGGACCAGUUUCAGACCUGCAAAGUGGAGGGAGCGUGGCCUCUCAUUGAUAACAACUAUUUGUCUGUACAGGUCACAAAUGUUCCAGUUGUGCCUGGCUCCAGUGCUACAGCAACUAAUAAGGUGACUAUUAUAUUUAAAGCUUUCCAAGAGUGUACAGAUCAGAAGGUAUAUCAAGCUGUAACUGAUGACCUCCCUGCUGCCUUUGUGGAUGGCACAACAUAUGGUGGGGAAGGAGAUAUGAAGAGUUUGUACAUUGUGGAGAAAGCUGGAUGGAAGCACGUCGAGAUGUAUGCUAGGUACAUCGGGACUACAGUGGUGGUGCGUCAAGUUGGACGCUAUCUCACUCUUGCAGUGCGGAUCCCAGAGGAACUAGCUAUGGCUUAUGAGGAAAGCCAAGACUUGCAACUCUGUGUCAAUGGCUGCCCAACAGGUGAACGAAUUGAUGGGGAGCACUUGCCUCUUCCCAUGGUAGCCACACAGCAAUUUCAUGGUAACACUUUGGAGAGUGCCACAGCCAAAUGCCACGAGAAGAUGGAAGUGAAAGACAUUUAUUUUCAUUCUUGUGUCUUUGACCUGCUCACCACAGGUGAUGCAAACUUUACUGCAGCUGCCUACAGCGCUCUGGAGGAUCUGAAGGCUUUGCAUCCCAAAAGAGAGCGGUGGUAUAUUUUCCCAAGUGAUGCAAGUUGUUCACCCUGUAACGAUCAGUGGUUGCCUGCUUUUUAUCUUGGUCUAAUCUCAUUCAUCCUUUCAUUUUUGUAGGGUUUUAAUUUGUUUAUAAGGAAAGUGUGAAAAUAUAUAUUGUCAUAAUAUAUUGAUAAAAAUAUGUAUAUACCAUGUAUAUGAAGUGACAUCUCUCCUGCAAGGUCUAUGAGAUUGUAUAUAUAAGUAUUUCCAUGGAUGUUGUAGUGUACAUAUUUACUGUAUAUUAUUUGUUUUAACCGUUUUUGUGUACAGUAUGAUGCCCCUUCAUUAGGGCUUGUUAUAAAGCACUUUAUUUUUUAUUGUUUUAUAUUGGUUUGUACAAGUGUGUACACAGUGUUCUCUCUAAGAUACUGAACAUUAAAAUCUUAAAUGUUUAACAGGAAAAAAAGUUUCAUUUUGAACAUGCAAGUUUGUAUGAAAUCAUAGUUUUAUAUAUUCUUACAUGGUAUUUGUGUACAUAACUAUUUAGAAAUCUGCUUAGCGGUGUAAAGAUCCAUACAUUUUUAGUUUUGCUCAGAUUCCUUAUUUCAAAAACAAAGUACUUCAUUUUUUAAUGGGGUAUUACUUGGACAGUGAUUGUUUGUAUACUUUCAGGAAAACAGGUUUUGUGGUGCUGAUUGCUUUUUUUGAUCAACCAUUUUUAUGUUUCUCAAAAGAUGUGUUCAAUUUUAAUGGUUUUACCAAAAUGUGGCAUUCACAGCGUUUGUUUUCUGGAUAUUUUUAAUCACAGACUGCCCAUCUGAACCUAUGAGCACUUUUCUUUCUGCCUGUGAGCACUUUUCUUUCUGCCAUACCUGUCUUUUAUUAGCUUUUCUUGCGGUACUAAGAACUCUCGCUGUCCCAUUCCUGGGUAGCUGCAUUUAUUUGCAAGAACUUUGCUCUGGCUGUAAAAUGAGUCAUUUUUGUAGAUACAUUCCUCACUUUUAUUUUUUACUGGAUUUUUAUCUCUUAGCUGAGCUAAGUUUACAGUGCUUUAACUAUGCUGAAUGAUAUGGUUUUGACAAAGAGCCUAAACUGUUUUUUCAGCUCUUUUAUUGCACUUUUUCAUAAUUAACAAAAUGUGCAGUCAGAAUUUAAUGUUGAUGCAAAUAACUUUAAUCCAGAUUUCUCUGUACUUAGUCAUGGGUUUCUUGGCUCAGUAACAGUGUUGACUUUGAAAUAACUUUUUAGUCUUGUAAUGUCAGGACCACUUUACUUUCUCAGAAGUAGAAAAUUCUUGCCAGUGUCUCUUGCUAAUGAACUAUGCAGUGUAAUUAGAAAAUGCUUGUUCCAAGCAGAUGAUACUGAGCCGUAAAAAAAAAAAAAGUCUACAUAGCAACCUCUUCUACAUUUUUGGCACUUUCACUGCUCAAUGUACCUGUCUACUGAGCUGUAAGAUUUCAGAUUAGUCUCCCCACAGAAAGUAAAAUGCAGCUUGUUUCUAGCCAGAGCAAAUCCAUUUAAAAGUAACACAGGCCAUGUAAAACAGUAUAUGAGCAGUGUAACUUUACAAAAUCUGAAAAUUUGAAAGAGUUCUUUUUCCAAAACGUCAUAGCCACACUUUGCCACUGAUUAGCUAGACAUACAGUCAUUUCACUCUACUUAUGUCCCUUCAAAACAAAACUGGCUGUUCUGCCCCCAUCUCAGAAAUAAUUCCAGUUCAAGCCUGCACAUGCUUUUCAUAAGAUGUCUUCCAGAUGUUGGGGAAAAGCACUGUAGCAAUUUGCAACAGUGGCUCAGAGUUUGACCUUCAAACUUCCAAUUGUAGGGGUCAGCAGGGGCUUGUUUUUGUUAGAGGCCCUGCAUAUAAUGGAACUUUCUCUCUGCAUCUUGGAGUGAGUCAGAUUCCUUUUCAGUAAUGUAGCAGUGAGCCUUCCUGUGCGAAUAUGUAACAUCUGUUACCAUGUUUGACUGUCACCUCUGUUCCAGGCAUACUAAGGCUCUUUGUGCAUUUGAUUAACGAAUCAUGGUCUAGCAAGAGCUGUAAAGUCUUCCUUCCUUCCUGUUUUACCGAAGUAACACAACUCUCUGUGUGUUCCCUACAUUUGUCUUCAGAAUGGUGACGAGGGCUAUGUAUGAAAACAGAAUGCUUAAGUACAUAAUGUGUAAGCUUGGGUGUGGGGAAGGUUGCUUCCUCUGAGUGAAUCUUUCUUAAAUCAAGUGUUCGCACUGUUGCAAUUAUGUAAUACCAACGGGAGAAUUUACAAUUGUGGAAGUGUUUUGGGUGGGAGCAAAGUCUGUACAUAGAACACAUCAACAUGCUUAGUUUGUAAAUGCUUAGUUUGUAAACAUGUUCAGCUGCAUCUUAGAGGGAACACUUCUUUUUUCACAGUUUAAAAUUGUUGACAUUACAUGGUUUGGAUUUGCUUUAUUAGCUUCAUUCUCCAUGGAUUUCACUUUGAUGUGGUUUAUUGAAACCCUGUAGAUAACCUAUGUGUUAAAAAAAUGAGUGUUCACAUUGUAAAUACCUAAAUUAUUUAUAAACUUGCAGCCCUGAUAGAGGAAUAAAGCUACAUUAACAUGUUGUGGAGUUUUGAAAUGUGAUUGUAGUGCCACCUAGUGGAUUUAUUCAUGUUACAUUUUCCAUUGUAGCUAAUGGGGAAAUGUGUACAUAUCUUUAAAUAAAUUGAAAAAGUGAAUCGGAACUUUAA